CCCGGAAAGUGAAAAAAGUAGUUCUUGUUUUACAAAAUCACGAAGUGACGCCCAUUCAAAACGUUUUCUUACAGUUUUCGUCCCUAGAUUUGUUAGAGAAUCUGAAUAUUUUCGUUAUUUAGCUUUCAACUAUGCUUCUCAAAGAGUAUCGCAUAUGCAUGCCCUUAACAGUUGCCGAAUAUCGGAUAGCUCAGUUGUAUAUGAUCCAGAAAAAGUCUCGUGAAGAAAGUACAGGUCGUGGAAGUGGUGUAGAAAUAUUGAAAAACGAACCUUAUGAAAAUGGUCCUGGAGGAAAAGGUCAAUACACAUUUAAAAUUUAUCAUGUUGGUAGCCAUUUACCAACUUGGCUUCGUAAUAUACUACCAUCAUCGGCUCUACGUGUUGAGGAAGAGGCAUGGAACGCAUAUCCAUACACCAGAACAAUUUAUAAAGUUCCCUUUGUUGAAAAGUUGGUACUCGAUGUGGAAACAUAUUUUUUCGACGAUGCUGGGGAACAAGAUGAUGUUUUCAUUCUUUCACCAGAUGAAAGAAAGGCACGUAUCAUUGAUUUUAUUGACAUCGUAAAAGAUCCAAUUACUGGAAGUGAUUAUAGACCAGAAGAAGAUCCUAGUAUUUAUGUAUCCGAAGCAACUGGUCGUGGUCCAUUGUCACCUAAUUGGCGUGAGGAAUUUAUUCAUGCUCAACAAGUGACUCAUGAAACUUAUGAAAAGCCACCAACUCGAACUCAUGAUAAUUCACCAGCUAUUGUUGAAAAUCUGAAGCCGCUGCAUAAACGUAUUAUGUGUGCAUAUAAACUUUGUCGAGUAGAGUUUCGUUAUUGGGGUACACAAACACGAGUGGAACAGUUUAUCCACGACACUGCACUUCGAAAAACUAUGCUAAGAGCACAUCGACAAGUAUGGGCGUGGCAAAAUGAAUGGUAUGGUCUUACAAUAGAGGAAAUUCGUCGUUUAGAAGAGGAAACAGCUCAAGCAUUAGCGUCCAAAAUGGCUGAUUCCAACCAACCGCCAAAUAAUGACGGCGAGUUAUCUAAGCAAGUUCAAUCAACAACAUCAAACAUCAAUGAAACUAUGAAUGCUAUUGAAGUGAAAUGUAAUCAGUCUGAUGAAAAAUGUGAAUUCGAAUCAAGCGCAGCGACAUCAGAAAAAUUCCAUCUUCCAGUUAAUUCAACCGAUAUUGCAGAACAAAAUUUAUGGGCUGAUUUUAAGAAAUUAGAGGCAAAUAAUUUUGAACUUGAUGAUUUUGAACCUUUUACAGCACCGUGUGCAGAAUCUGAUGAUGAUACUAGGUCAUUUGUUACAUGUUGUAGCGAUCUUACCGGGAAUACUGAUUAUGCUACCCCUCUUGCGUCAAAUUUUCAGAGUUUUGAUAUUCCAGGAAUAAAAUCUUGCUUUAACCAAAAACCUGCCUCUAGUAUUCAACAAAAUUGUGGUAAACUAGUCCUUAUAUUAGUGAUUCAUGGUGGUUGUAUACUUGAUUCAACUUACGAUUUAACUACAAAACGUUCCGACAUUUUAACUUUUCGAAAAACAAUCGAAACAGUGACAGCUAAUCACUAUCCAACAUUACAUAAUCGAAUAGCUGUAAAACUUGUACCAUGCCCUACAGAAAUCGGCGAUAUAUUUCGGUUAUUCUCCAAAUUGAAAGCUUCACCGGAUCCUACUAGGCCAGUUGAAACUCAAUUGCUACGUGAUUUAAUGCCUUUGGGGAGUAUUCCUUUAUUUUUGAUUAAUUCAUCUGGAUAUUCGCGAAUGUUGGAACAAUUAGCAUUUAAUUUGAACUCUCAUUAUGCUGAGUUUUUACGUUCUCCUGAAGGAAUUCACUUUUCUGGCAAAGUUUGUAUAGUUGCUGACAGUGUUGGUUCAAUUUUGGCUCAUGAUCUUUUAACAAAACCUACUAAUCAUGAGUCAGUAUCGAAUAAUAAUGAUACAAGUAUGACAGAUAUUGGAUUAAUGCGUCGUAAACAAUUUGGUAUUCAUAGUUUAAUACAGUCGGAUAAACAAAUCAAAACCCCAACUUUAAUAAACAGCCCCAGUGAAGUCACUUUAUGCCCACCUGAAUCAAAUACUAGUCUAGGAAACGUUGAAUUGUCCAACCUUGAAAAUGAAGAAUCUAAAUCACAUAGUCGAAUGUCUUCUUUAGACUUUCAAGUACAAAAUUUUUUCAUGUUGGGUUCACCAAUUGGUUUAAUUUUGGCUUAUCGUUAUCAACAAAAUCAAUUAACAUCGUCUAUUGUAUCAUCUAAUAAAACAAAUCAGCUAAUUACUAAUUCAUCUUAUAAUAUGGUUUAUCAUUUAUCAAAAGAAAUUAAGUUGUCCGUAGGUCAAGCUUAUAAUCUUUUUCAUUUAACUGAUCCAUGUGGUUUUCGCAUUGAACCAUUGUUGGAUAAUCGUUUCAGCUGUAUAUCCCCAAUAUUCAUUCCCCAAUAUGUUCGUUAUCCACUUGGAGAUGGACAGUCAACAAAUCUAAUUGAAACUCUUAUACAGCAGGCUGAAUUAUUUUCUGCAAAUCUUUCAGAAAAAUCAUGCAAUUUAUCCGAUAGUGAUAAUUCUACGAUUAAUGAAAAUAAUGAUAGUACUGUAAAUGUAAAACGACAAUUAACAAAUCAACAGUUAAAUUGGGAAAAAAAGUCUAUUGUUGCACUUGAAGCAUUGAAAAAAGUUCAACAGUCAUGGUGGGGACCUAAAAGAGUUGAUUACAAUGUUCAUUGUCCAGAAGCAAUGCAAAAUAUUUUAGCUCGUGCACGUCCUUCAAUUUUGCAUGCAAGCUACUGGGAAUCAAAAGAUGUAGCAUCUUUUAUUAUACGACAGAUCCUAGAUACACUGGGACUAAGUGUUCUAGAAACAUCAUACUCGGCAGAUUUGUCUGAUGAAAUAGCUGUUACGGAACUGGCCAAAUUAUCAUUGAAUCCAAAUCAGAUAAAAUCACAAACCUUUGAGGUUAUGGAUGAUUCCAGUAUACAAAUUUCACAGCAAUCAGAAAAAAGUAGUAGCAGUCAAUCGAGAUUCUCCAACCUCAGUCAUACUUUGUCAUUUGGACCUCGUAAUUUCUUGAAACGAACAUCAUCUGAACGAUUAAAGAACUUUAAAGCAAAUCAUCGAGCAAAUGAUGUGAUUACUACAACUGGAUCUACACCACUUAUCACAGGUCGAUUUGCUUUUGGUGGAUUGGAUUUGAUGAGUUUUUCUUCUGAAAAAAUCCGAGUUGAAAUUCAAUCUAUUAGUGGGUCGUGGUCAUAUGUAUGCACAGAAGUGACUGAUUCUUCUGGACGAAUCCGAUUCUCUUUGCCAGAACAAAUUCAUCUCCCGGAUGGACUAUAUCCUAUUAAAAUGACCGCUGAAUCUGAUCCUGAUCACCCAGUAAUUAUUACAUUAGCUAUAGUACCUCCUCAAACUGAGGUAGUGGUAUUCAGUGUAGAUGGAAGUUUUGCAGCAAGUCUGUCCCUGAUGGGAAAAGAUCCGAAAGUUCAUCCUGGUGCUGUAGAUGUUGCUCGUCACUGGCAGGGAUUAGGAUAUUUAUUAAUCUAUUUGUCUGCACGACCAGAUAUGCAAAGACGUCGGGUUACAAAUUGGAUGGCAAAUCAUAAUUUUCCUUUUGGGAUGACUUUCUUCCUAAAUGGAUUAUAUUCAGAUCCACUGAAACAGAAGGCUCAAAUGUUAAAAACAGUUGUUGAAAGCGCCAAUUUGCGAGUUCAUUGUGGUUACGGAUCAGGUAAAGAUAUCAAUUUAUAUCGUUCUCUUGGUUUAUCAACCCAAAACAUCUUUCUAGUUGGUAAAGUCUCUCGAUCACAAGCAUCAAAUGGAACUCCAUUAUUACAAGGAUACUCGUCGCACUUAUCUUCGUUAAUCAAUGGUCAUACUUUAUCUCGACCUGCUGUCGGAUCAAUGAGUAUAGCAGUGCGUUGUUGUCCUUUUGAUUUACCGUCAGUUUAUCCUUCGUCACCGUUAUUAAUGGAGUCUAAUUUGCUUCGAAACAAUUCUCUCAAAUUUUCACCUCAAUUAAGCCAACGAUUAUUAUUUAAUGAUGAAAUAGAACAAAAUACAUUGUAAUAUUCCUAAUACUUAUCACUUAUUAUUUUAUUCAAGUGAUUCAUCCAUGUAAGCUUCAAUGUUAUAAAAAGAUGAAAUUUCAAACUAUUUUUGAGGGUUAAAUUAUUUGUGUUUGUAUAUUGAGCAACUGGUUUCCCCCCUAUUUUCAUCCGUACUAUAUCAUUUUCAACUUUAUUGUUGAAAAAACCUUUCAGUUUAAUAACUGGCAAAGGUUUCCCAUUUGCUUGUCACUAAAAAGCAUUAACUCUAAAACUUUAUCUUGUAAAUCUUCGUUUUUUCGAUGUUUCAUACAUUGUAUUUAAUCGCUCGGUUUUACAAAUAGCUUACACACUCGUCAUUAACUCAGAUUAUAAAUUACUCAAAGAUCGUGAUCAUUUCUCAUCGUCAUCUUGUAUUAUUAAUUAAGUGCAAAUAUAUUACACAACUAUGUUGCUCCUAUCCAAAUUUUUAUUGAUAUACGAUAGUGUAUCCAUGCUUACCACUUUAUUAAGCGAAUAUAAUCUUUCUGUUGUCCCAUUAAAAUGAAUAAACAUACUUUCCAAUUAGUAAACUGUGAUUUGGUUUUUUAUCCAUUACAAAUUACACUUUUUAUGUUAUUGACUAAUUAUUCCUACAUUCUGUACAAUUUAUAAUUGAUGGUUAUUUUGUUCACUUAUAAAAUUGACUCAGUUUCUGUUUUAUAAUAUAUUUUUCAAUGUUGUCAAAGUUGCGUUGAAUUGGUUUCAAAGUUAUAUGAUGUUAAAUAUGUUUUGGUUGUAAAAUUCUCCUACAGAUUCUAAUUUUCUGUGGAUCUAAAAAGUAUAUUUCCUGCGCAUUUGUUUCAACCGUUAAUAAACUUAUACGAUUCAUUCAUGAA